CACGAUUAAAGUAUAAAUUGGAGGUUGAAAACGACCCAACGUUACUUUCUCGGUUGAUGUCCACGGCUUUCAAUAUGUGGCUACCACUGACGGUUUUAUUGCUUGCGGGAAUAGUUUCAGCCGACUACGACCAUGGCUGGCAUGCCGACAACGAGUACACUUAUCUUGUACGAAGUCGAACAUUAACCAGUUUGGGUGAAUUAUCCGAUCAGCACACCGGUAUCCUGAUGAAAGCAUUGCUCACGAUACAAGUCAAAGAUCCUCAGAUGCUAACUGCGAAGGUGUCGCAUGCUCAAUACGCUCGAAUCCUCAAAUCUUUACCGGAAGGCUGGGACACUGAGAUUUCUGACCAAAUGUUGGAACUCCGUGACAUGCCCUUUUCUGGUAAACCGUUCAGUAUCAAGCUGAAACAUGGCGUGAUCAGGGACAUCAUCGUGGAUCGUACCAUCCCAACCUGGGAGGUGAACAUCCUGAAGAGUAUCGUUAGCCAGUUGCAACUAGACACCCUGGGUGAGAACGUGAUAAGAACGAUGGAAAUGCAGAUUCCGACCGACCAAGAACCGUACGGAAUGUUCAGAGUUAUGGAAGAUUCAGUUGGCGGAAAAUGCGAAGUUCUUUACGAUAUCACGCCGCUGUCAGAGCAAAUCGUCCAUAUGCAACCAGAAUUGGUUCCUAUGCCGAAGUUGAAGGGAGAUGGACGGUAUAUUGAUAUCCGCAAAUCGAAGAACUUCGACAAAUGUGAUCAGAGGGUGAACUAUCAGUUUGGUAUAACUGGCAACAAGCAAUGGGAAGCUGGGUCCAAUAAGAAUGGAAAAUUCUUCUCGCAAUCUGCGACGAGCAGAAUCGUCAUCUCAGGAACGCUGAAGGAUUACACCAUCCAAUCGGCGGUGACUACCAACAUAAUGCACGUGAGCCCAAGAUUCUACGACCAGGGACACGGGUUGGUAGCCAGCAGGAUGAAUGUAACCUUGGCCAACGUGAAGAAAAUUACGAGUCCUCUGCCCAAACCGAGCACUCCGGAAUCCACUGGCAACCUGGUUUACACUUACAGCAAUCCUCACUCAGAUAUGGAGGAACGCAGAACCGGCAAGGUAGUCGAGGAUUCGGAUAAGAUGAUGGUUUCGGAUAGCGUCAGUUCUAUUAGCUCGAGCGAAGAAGCCACGAAGGGUCAGAAUCUUCGAAGCUUAUCAUCUGACUCGUCCAGCUCGUCCAGUUCGAUUUCCAGCAGCGAGGAGGACCAUUACUGGCAGCCUAAACCUACGAUGGAAGAUGCUCCUCAGAAUCCUUUGUCGCCCCUAUACAUUGGCUACCGCGGCAAAUUUAUUGGAAAAUCUAAUGAAGUGGACGUUGUAGCGAAAAGCAAAGAACUUAUUUCCCAAAUGGCCAACGAGAUGGAAGAUCCGAACAACAUGUAUAAAAACGAAGUUCUCGAGAAGUUCACGAUCCUGUGCCAUCUACUUCGUACGAUGAAUAAGGAGCAAAUGUUACAAGUCGAUAAGGACGUACGUAUUUCUCCUCAAGAGCUGAAAUCGAUGGGCAAGACUGUGGGCCCUAAACAAAACGCUUGGACCAUAUUGAAAUCCGCUAUCGCUCAAACUGGAACUGGACCAGCCUUUUUGGUUAUCAAGUACUGGAUCGAGAUGAAGGAAGUGGAUUCCAACAGAGCUGCAGAUCUCUUGACUAAACUUCCCAAGACAGCUCGCGCACCUACUGCUGAAUACAUCAAGGAAUUCUUCAAACUAGCUACAGGUGAGAGAGUGAAGAACGAUCUAGCCAUCAGCGGCCCGGCGAUCAUAGCAUUCAGCGAGUUGGUCUAUAACGCUCAAGUGAACGGAAGGAGAAUGCACAAUCAGUAUCCGGUGCAUACGUAUGGUCGUCUCACGUCCAAACACGAUCAGGCAGUUACCGAAUAUUACAUCCCCUACCUGGAGAAGGAAUUGACGAAAGCUGUGGAAAGUGGCCAAAGCACUGUUAUUCAGACUUACAUCAUGGCUUUGGGUAAUAUCGGUCAUCCGAAGAUUCUGCCCGUUUUCGAGCCUUACCUGGAAGGCAAAGUACAGAUGACGGUGUUCCAGAGGACGCUGAUGGUCUCAGCUCUAGCCAAACUGGCUGAAGGUUUUCCAAAAUUGGCGCGUUCGAUUUUGUACAAGAUCUAUCUGAACACCAUGGAAGACCACCAAGUGCGUUGCACCGCUGUCUUCAUUCUGAUGAAGACCAACCCUCCGUUAACCAUGUUACAACGAAUGGCAGAAUUUACCAAGGUCGACAAGAACAAACAAGUGAACUCGGCCGUGAAGUCGACUCUGGAGAGUCUGGCGGACCUGAAGGACCCCGAAUAUCAAACGCUGGUGAAGAAAGCUCGCGCCGCAAAGAGGCUACUGAGUCCAAGCGAUUACAGCUACCAUUACUCUCACGGAUACGUCACCGAAUCGAUGACUGACGGAGGGAAUAUAAUUUCUCAUAUGUUCCUGAAGUACAUUGGCAGCGAUGAUAGCCUGAUUCCUAGCGCUAUAUACUACGGCGUGUACUCUUCUUACGGAGACUUCAAGUUCCCUCCGUUCGAAGUGGUAACCAUGGUUUCGAGCAUUAAGUCCAUUCUAGAGUUGAAGACUAACCCGAAAGAAAGAGAAGGUAUCGUAUUGGCGGCUGAGAAGAUCGCCGAACAGUUGCAUAUCAUUCCUGACGAAUCUGUUCCUCUGGAAGGAAACUUGAUGUGGAACGGGAAGUACGGAGCGAAGUUCUUCCCCUUCGAUAAGACCUCUCUCACUCUAUUCCAUGAAUUGCUUCUCAUGUAUCUGAAGGGCGAAAGGGAAGGAAAGCUCGUCAACCGAUUAGGAUCCUACGAUAUAACAUAUGGCUUCCCCACAGAAACCGGAUUGCCAUUCGUCUAUAGUUUUGAACUACCUUUGCUUCUCAAGAUCACUGGAGAUAUGAACAACGAGGUGAAGCUUCCAAAGACUAUCAAAGCGAAAACCGAUUUUCGUAUACUCUAUGCAAUGAAGAUUCAAGGAAGAAUUGGUUUCGUCACGCCCUUCGAGCACCGGCAGUACAUUGCCGGCGUCGAUCUGGACUUUAACAUUCACCUACCAAUGAAACUGCUUCUGGAUGUGGACCUACCUAAGGGCAGCUUCGAAGUAAAGAUUUGGCCAUUGAAGGGAGAAGAAAAGGCACGAUUAUUGCAUUAUAGCGUCGUUCCAUACGUCGCCAGUCACAACAUUUUGGAUUUACAGCCUCUGCUCACCGAGAGAACAACACAAACACUAAUUCCCGACGUUAUCCAUUUCGAUACUACCCCAGAUUCGUAUCUGGUGAAGAUGGACAUGGAAGUUGACAAAUCUUACAACUACGAUGAUUGGCUUAACAUGGACAUCAAUGACUUGUUCGAUAUUGUUAUGACUCCAUGGACCUUGGAUAACGACAACUACCGCAAAGUAGACAUCUUGCUGAAUCUGAAACGCGAACAGGUGGCACCAUUUGUGUUCAAAAUAUCGUAUGACUAUAUGGAAAUGGCACCCAACGCUGAAGACGCUAAACUAUGGACACCCAAAGCUACAGCCACGGUUCCAUCCGACACGAAGCCUGACAGCGAAGUUCGUAGGAAGCAAUGGAUGGACGAGGCUGCCAAGGGUAUCAAAUUGGCCAAAUCACAAGUGAUAGAUAUUGCAGUAGAAAUUCCAUUGACAAGCGAAGAGAGUAUCGGGAACGUUAUAACCGUCGCCACGGCUAACAGCGAAGUUGAGAAGAAAGCACGAACGCUGGUAUAUUGGAGCCUUGAAACCUUGUUCGAAGUCUGCGCGACUUCCCAGACGAAGGUCACGCCAGACAACGCGGUGUUCUACGAUCAGGUCGCUCAAAUGAAACCUAAGGUAGAAUUUAAUGCAGAUUUGCUCAUUGGAAGGUACUGUUCCACUGGUCACCAGUUGAACAUGGACGGUGAAGCUACCCAGAGUAAAGAGUUAAGGGAACGGAUCAAGAAUCUACCUUUAAUCAAAAUCUGCGAGAAACAAAUGCAGCAGGGUAACAAGAUCCUUCGAGCCUGUCAAAAUGCUGCUGCGAUCUCUAUGCUUCUUGAUCAAAUAUCUAUCUCCGUGGACUUCCAAUCGCCGUCUAUCACGACCUAUAUCACCAAGGCUCUCACCACCGUAAUAAACAACGAUUAUUUGGAUGAUUACGCGGACAUUCGCACAGAGUUAAUGGAUCCUAAGAUGACCGGCAAGAAGAAGAUCGACAUCAUAGCCAAUCUGACCAACGAUUUGGAAAAAGCUAACUUAUUAAUCUCUACUCCGACUAUGAACAUUUACGUCAACGACUUAGACCUGUCUGCUUUUGAAAUUUCUACGGAGGACGUUCUGAUGGCUGCAGACGAGGACAUGGAUAUUCAAAACCUCUUGUACAAUGAGGACGAAUCCGCCUGUAUAUUGGAUAAAACCAGGGCGCAAACAUUCGAUAGCAGAGAGUACCCCCUGAGAUUAGGCAACUGCUGGCACGUCGUCAUGACCACGUAUCCUCGUGCGAACCCAGAUAAUCCGGACGAGAGGAUGCGUAUGCACAAAUUGGACAGCGCGAGUAUCCUCAUUCGUGAUAUGGAAAACGGACAGAGGGAAAUAAAAGUUUUACUUGGUGACAAGGAGAUCAAAUUUGUACCUACUUCGACCCUACCGAAAGUUUUCGUGAACGAACAACUCGUCAAGAUAUCUAAGGACAUGAGUUGGCAGGAAAAGGAGGACGACGAGGUCUUGUUCGAGAUCUUCGAAAUCGGUGAUCACUCUAUCGGCCUGGUUUCUGACGAAUACGAAUUGAACAUUGUUUACGAUGGAAAACGUUUAAUGAUCAAGGCGGGCGACAAAUUCCGCAAAGCCAUCCGUGGUCUCUGUGGUAACUACGACGGAAAGCCGAUCAACGAUUUUACGGCUCCCAGGAGUUGCAUUCUUCGAAAACCCGAGCUAUUCAUCGCCAGCUACGCUCUGACCAAGAACCGCUGCGAGGGCGAGUCUUUUGAGAACUCGAAAUUACUGCCGAACAGCGAAUGCGUAUACGAAGAUAGGAAUCAUUUGAGCAACGUGAUCAGCGACAUGGAAUCUGGACGAAGAGAUACCGAGGAAUCAAACUGGGGAUACCAUACAAACGUCAAAAGCAAACAGUGCACCAUCCUGAAGACUCACAUGACGGAGACUGAUAACACGAUAUGCUUCACGAUUCGUCAAGUGCCUUUCUGCGCACCUGGCUGCGGGGCUACCGAAACGAAAUCAAAAGAUUAUCAAUACCACUGCAUGAAGAGGAACGCAACAGCGCUGGCCUUGAAAGCCAGAAUCGAGAAGGGUGCCAAACCCGAUCUCAGCCAGAAAUCAGUUACCUUAAACGCACCCAUCAACGUUCCUCUUGCUUGCAAGGCCUAAUUCCGGUGUACCUUGCUUACCUACCUCAUAUACUUACAUAUUUUUGCUAGUAUCUGCGAUAAUUUUAUAUUUAGCUUGUAAUCCAAUGUUUUAGUAAAAUUUACUCUUUUCAAUA